AUGACUCUACAAAGUAAUCCAGACAAGCCUAAUCUCCCAACCAUCUCGGGCAGCCAUCCGACCUUCGCCCUUGAAGACAACGCCCGUCCCGAAGUAACCACAACAUCUGCAACAAGUGCUCCCUCAUCCGCUUCCGCUUCUGCCGCUUCUGCUGCUGCUGCUGCCGCUGUCGCCGCCUCCACUCGUCCCUUCGCACGAGCGGCGCGGCAACGCCAUUUUCCACUCGCUAAUGAUACUGCUGGCCCUGUAAACCGUAUCCUGGAGGAGUAUUCGACGGAGAUUGGACAUUAUGGUUUAACACCUGCUGCGGCCCCUCAUCAACAGUCGUUUGUUGGGGACUCGACGGUGUGGUCGCUGAACGAGUCAAACACGAGAUCGAGGACAAAUUGGGCGGCAAGCAGGGCGAAUACCACGGUAGUACAACAGUCGCACUGCACUACCACUUCGGCGACAACACAGGGGAAAGGGAAGAGGUUACCGGAGGGUGAACCCGACGACCGGGAGACGAAUCGGCGCGCACUCAAGAAACCGCGCGCUCGCCUGACGCCGCCCCGCAAAAUUGACCUGAAGUCUUACCCCAAGCCUACGUUUCCACCCAAGCUCGCUGACGGCCUGACCUCCCCGCUAUUCUUCUCGCAUCGGAAUAGACCGCCCAUCGCAAGACCUCUUAGCUUUUCCGGGUCUGAGGGAGCAACCAUGUUAAAAAGUGUGCGGGACGGUACCGAGGUCACGACUCUAAAGCUUGCUCGGGGCACCGUAAGCUCCACAAGUCCGGGGAGAUCUUCCAGCACGCCUGGUAGUUGGUCUUCGAUUGACGCCGGGAACCUUGCGCGGAGUCCCGAGUCCCUAGUUUCUACACCAGGACUACAAGCGCUACAAGGUAUCGGUGUCCUCGAAUUAUUAGAGCGCGAUGACAGGCCAACUUUCAUUGUGGAUAUUUUAACUCCAAUUGGUAACACAUCAGACCCCCUGGCUUUACUUUAUGCGAAUCCGGCUCUUCAAUUUUCGGAUUCCAUUCGUCAAUUACUUUCGGUAGACUCUCGCGACAGCGUAGAAGCGCGGGAUGAGUUUAUUCACUUCAAGAGUUGGGUGAAGUCAGGCGGUGGCAACGUUGAUGAAGGCGAUAUAUUUCUCCCCUCAUUUCGGUACGGGGGAUUUAGCUGGACUUGCUCAACUAUUCGAAAUCGGUAUCGAUUUGUCAGUGUAAAUACUAGUGUUGCCUCGAUCGCGCGAACCUCACCUGAACCGUUAUUGGACCGCGAAACUAGUAUCGAUUCGCGAACUCGGGACCUUACACCCAUUGCUCAAGCGAAAUCUCCUAGUGGUGAUAUCGUGUUACCCGAUCGAGAUUACUUUAGUAUUGCUAAUCCUAUUGAGGUUGAGGGUCAACUCCGGCGGGACGUGAGUAGCGAUGGGGAAAUCAGCGCGCCGUUACAUUACGACGACGGUAUGACGCCGGAAGCCAUCCCACCUGUGUUACAGCCUUCCUUCGACUGGACUCGUAUACCAUUUUCUCAGGAUCUUCCGGAACACAUACAAUUCGCUCGCACAAGAGAUUGGGCAUCGACACCGCUCGGUCCAAUUGAAACGUGGUCUUCGGAACUUCGCGCCAUGGCGAAUAUGGUUAUGGGUAGUCCUAAUCCUGCUGCGAUGUAUUGGGGUCCUGAAUUCACCACCAUGUAUAACGAAGCAUACGUCGCUCUAGCUGGUGCGAAGCAUCCUUCACUCAUGGGUCAGAACUAUAAAGACGCGUGGGGCGAGCUCUGGCCCGAAUUGCAACCUAUUUUGGAAAGUGCUUGGAAGUCAGGCCAAGCAACAAUGAAGAAUGACGACCGUCUCAUUCUACGACGUAACGGUUUCGACGAAGAAACGUUCUUUUCGUGGUCGAUCGUACCUCUCGUCGGCAAUGAUGGCUCUGUUGUUGGUUUAUUCAAUCCAGCCUUUGAAAAUACUCGACGGAAAGUUGCUGAAAGGAGAAUGUUAACGCUGCGCGAAGUGGGAGAAAGAACUGCCUUAGCUCGUGACGUGAAGAGUUUCUGGAGUCAGGUCAACAAGGGCCUCGAAUACAACGAGGACGACAUACCUUUUAAUCUGGUUUAUUCGGUUACUGAGGACUCUGACAGCGACGUUUCAUCUAUGCACUCGGGCAGCUGGGUCAACCCACCUCAGCUGAUGCUCGAGGCUUCUCUCGGCGUACCUCAAGGCCACCCAUUGCUAGUUGAGUCUCUCAAUCUAAGGACAAGUAGCGAAGGUUUUGCUCCGUACAUGCGGGAAUCCAUGUCAAAGUCGGGGCAACCUGUUAUCCUAUCCGCAGAUGAUGGAUCAUUACCCGAUGGUCUAAUGAAUGGAUUAGCGUGGAGAGGCCCGGGCGAUGCAUGCAAAUCUAUCGUCAUUUUCCCUGUCCAUCCGACUACCGGCAGCGAGAGCGUCGUAGGCUUCAUAGUGAUGGGUGUAAAUCCCAGAAGGCCAUACGAUGAGGACUACCAACUUUUCAUUAACCUAUUAUCUCGACAACUCGCAACUUCGCUAGCGUCCGUCGUCUUAUUCGAAGAGGAAAUUCGUCGUGGUCAGAAGGCAGCCCAGAUCGCCGCAGCAGAUCGCCAGGAAUUAACAAAGCAAUUGCACUUAAGAACACAAGAGGUUGAGGAGAGCGAACUAAAGUUUACGAGAAUGGCCGAAUUUGCUCCAGUUGGGAUGUUUAUCGCCGACGAGGAAGGUCACAUUACAUACAGUAACGAUAUGUGGUGGGAUAUAUCAAGACACAAUAGGUCUUCGGGUGUGGAUACAUGGAUGGAAAGUGUCAAAGACGAGGACCGACCAGCUUUACAGACAAUAUGGCGAUGUUUGCUUAGGGAUAAGAUUGCGAUCACCCACGAGUUUCGGUUCAAGUGUUCCCGUCACGAAGGAGAAAAUGUGAUAGAUACUUGGGUGUUGAUGAGUGCAUACCCAGAAAAGGAUGCCGAUGGUGGCAUCAAAGGAAUUUUCGGGUGCGUUACAAAUAUCUCGCAACAAAAACUUGCCGAGCAGAUACAAAUGCAGCGACGAGAGGAGGCGGUCGAACUCAAGCGGCAACAAGAGAACUUCAUUGAUAUUACGAGUCACGAGAUGCGUAACCCAUUAAGUGCGAUCCUUCAAUGCGCAGACGAAAUAUCUGGCACAUUAUCGAACAUCAAACCAUCCGGAGAAACCAAUGGGCAGAAGGAAGCCUUGAGAUUGGCCAUGGAGGGUUGUAUGGAAGCAGCUAACACCAUAACGCUUUGCGCCAGUCACCAAAAGCGAAUAGUCGACGAUAUCCUCACCCUUUCCAAAUUAGACUCACAACUACUUCUCGUCACCCCCGUCGAUGUUCAGCCGUUAGCCGUAGUGCAGCGUGUUUUGAAGAUGUUCGAGAGUGAGCUAAACACGAACGGCAUUGAGAUGAAGUUCCAAGUCAAAAAUCGAUACCUUGAUAUGGGCAUUGACUGGGUCAAACUUGAUCCUUCGCGACUUUUACAGGUCCUAAUCAAUCUGAUGACAAAUGCUAUUAAGUUUACACAAUCGCGUCCUCAACGAUCGAUUGUAGUGACACUAGAUGCUUCCAGUCAGAUAUCAGAAAGGACCGAUUCUGGUAUUCAGUACUUUCCUAGCGACCGCGCCGACAGGGACGAUAUGACCGAUCAGCCCGAAUGGGGUAACGGAGACAAAAUCAAUCUUCAUUUCUCCGUUCAGGACACCGGUCGGGGCUUAGAUGAGCACGAAAGGAAACUCUUAUUCCAGCGCUUCUCUCAGGCCACUCCCCGAACCCACGUUCAGUAUGGUGGAUCAGGCUUAGGUCUAUUUAUAUCCAGAAUCCUAACUGAAUUGCAAGGAGGCCAAAUCGGUGUGACUUCUCAGAAGGGCAUUGGCAGCACGUUCUCUUUUUACAUCCAGAGUAGGAAAGCAGACGGUCCGUCACCCGAUGCGCACGCCGCAUUGCCGAUUGCUCCCCCUCUGACACGUGCUCCCGGGUCCUCAACGACUAUCGAGACGCGGCACCCGAAAACCGCUUCUCAAGAAAUGCUUAGCCGCUCUGCGAAGAGCAUUGCUUCCAAACCACGAUAUUCGGAAGAUGGCAGACGCCUGUUUGAUGUUCUUAUUGUGGAAGACAAUUUAGUCAAUCAGAAAGUGCUCCAAAGGUCACUUCGAAACGUUGGGAACAGCACCAAGGUUGCUAACCAUGGAGGUGAAGCCCUGGAGGUAUUGCAACAGUCACGGUACUGGACCGGUAAGGAAGAAUCUGGCGAAGAUAUCUCCGUUAUUCUGAUGGAUCUUGAAAUGCCGGUGAUGGAUGGUAUGACCUGUGCUCGCAAAAUUCGGGAACUCGAGAGGAAUGGAACGAUCGUCAGCCAUAUCCCCAUCAUCGCCGUCACGGCGUAUGCGCGGCCCGAGCAGAUAGAGAAUGCUAAGGCCGCAGGCGUUGACGACGUCAUAUCUAAACCGUUUCGUAUGCCCGAGCUCAUACCGAGAAUAGAGCAAUUAGUUGCAGUCCACACACCAUAUGCCGAAGCUUUGGCAGCAUAA